AUGGACCUCUCUUUUUUGGCUCAAACAAGGUCGAUAAGUCUUGCCGGUCGAGCGUUUUUGCAUUCAACGAACAUGUAAGAUAACGCAGUACGUUUUUACAUUCCUUCAGAUCCGCCAAAACACAUUAUGACACUCUGGGGAUCGACAGAACCGCCAGUUUGGGAGAAGUAAAGAGGGCCUACUUCGAGAAGUCGAAACUCCUGCAUCCCGAUCGGAAUGAUGGCGAAACCAGCGAAUUUAUGAAGCUCAAGAAGGCCUACGACGUGUUGCGAAGGCCAGCCGACCGCCGGAUUUAUGAUAUGCAGCUUGCGGGACAAUCUCCAUAUCGAUCUUACAACACCGACAGAUCUCGAGCGGAUUACUCGAAGUAAGUCAAUUUAUAUUCGAAUUUAUGCUUUUAGUGUCGACUGGGAGACCUACUACAGGAAGCAUUAUGGUGCAGACGGCACGACGUUCCGCAAAAUGCAAGAACAAAGAGAUUAUAAUCGAAGGACCUGGAAGAGGAUGCUCAUGAUCACUGCUGCCGCUUGUGGAUUUAUUGUCACUUACAACUUCUUUCUUUGGUAAGAACACGACUUUUUCUUCCAUUUUGGAGUGUUUAGGUAUACGAUAUUCAAGGAGGAAAAACGAAUUGAUCGAUUGAUAGCAAAGGACGAAAUUGCAAAGUCAUUUUUGAGACAGCGUGAGAUGAGAGGGCGUCUGGAUGAUCAAUUAUCGGUAGGUUACGGGCUAUAUACCUUACUGAAGGAUUUUAUCGACCAAACUGUUCGGUAUCACCUCAUUUCUCCGCAAAAAAUUUCAAUUUUCUCCCUUUUUUGACCUUAUACUUUCCAUUUUGUCUGUUUUUAGUCAAAUUCUCUCUCAAAACACUGUCAUUUUUACAAACUGGUGUUUUUUAUAAUUUUUUAUAUUUUCCAUGAGUUCAUGUUGCGUAUUUUACCCAUUUAUUUUAUCUUCCCAUUCCAUUUUCCCUCCCUUCCACCCAAAGUCCGCAUAGCGCAGUGGUCCAAUUGCCUGCGAAUUCCCCCCUUGCGGGUUCGAAUCCCAUCAUCCGCAAUAAUUUGUUUCCUUGUAUUCGCACAGUUUUACAUCGAAUACAUUGCCAAAUUGUUGCAAGAUCAUAGAGAAGACAGUGUUUCCUAAGGCUGUUUGUAAGCUUUGGGGGUCAAAUGCUUCCCACACCCUCGAUUUUGCCUCUUUUUAUAUUGUACUUGCUAUAUCAGGUAAUUUUUUGGAAUAUUUGAGUUUUUUGAUCUAAUAAUUGAUUGUAAUCUAUGAUUUUUUUGCUUGAUAGUUGUUUGAUUAGUCUGUUUUUUUGUUUCAGGUCGCUCAUUACGCCCGAAUAUUGCACUCGGACAUUGAGGAAAAGAUGAGACAACGAGAUGAAGAACGGCGAACCACUGGUGAACGGAAUCCCCUCGAGAUUCGCGAGGAAUGGCGUUGGAUGGAGGCCGUCAAACAACCCACAACAAACCGGUACAAAGAACGGGGCUCAUAG